CCCUUGCAUUAUGCAGGAGAAGUGGAUCAAAGUUGUUGGCUUAGCAGGAGCAGUGAACUGGACAAUACCGAUAGCUGCACUUUCUAGUCUCCGAGAUGACCCUUCCACCAUAAAUAGCGGUUUAACUUCAGCUCUGAUUGUGUACUCUGGACUUUUUAUGCGUUGGUCACUGGCCAUUAGCCCCCCGAACUACGUUCUCUUUGCCUGUCAUGUAACGAACGAGAUACUUCAAGUAGUUCAACUGGGGCGUUGGUUUAUGAAUAAGUCCACUUCAAAAUCAAAUUUUAUAUAAAAAGUCUGCAUGUUUUUUAACUUUACAAUUCCAUGUUU